ACCAACCCGAUAAUUGCAUGUAUCCCAAGCAUAAUAGUGAUGAUGUCAGGCAAAAAAUCAGCGGCCUGGCCUAUCACAGCAGUUGAAUUUGGCGUACUACACUGCUAGGCAUUUAUAAAGCUCCUAGAAAACUCUAGGAAACCAGUCGAUCAGUAGAAGCACCUGCACUGGGUUGUGUGUAUUGAUUCUUGGAGCUUACGCCACAGUGAUCUCUCUCAGCACUGCCUGUGAUAACUUAAAACCACACAAUUAUAGCCGACAACACUCAACAUGACUCAAUUCCUGGGAAAAUGGAACUUUGUUUCUGUGGAAAAUUUGGAUGUAUUUAUGGAUUCUCUAGGUACAAAACCUGAGGUCCGCGAGUUCAUGCAGAACACCAACCCAGACAUGGAGUAUUCACAAGAGGGAGAUGAGUGGGUGAUGACUAUACACAUUCCUGGCUCUACUAAGGUCACAAAGUUCAAGCUAGGGGAACCCUUUGAUAACACAACACUAGAUGGCAUGCCAGUCAAAAGUACAGUUACAUUAAAAGACAACAAGCUUAGUGAAACCUAUUCUGCUGAUAAUGGCAAGGUAGAUCUCACAAGAGAAGUCAAUGGUAACCAGCUUAUUUCAAUUGCCUGGCACAAUGAUGUCAAGUGCACAUGGAUACACAACAAGGCAUGAGCAAUGGAUAACUUUGGAUAUUAUUUUUCUGGACAAAUGACAGAUAUUGCUUAUUUUUUGUAUCUUAAAGAAAGAGGCAACUGGAAAUAAUAGAGGGGUUAUUCUCAGAGGAGAUAACAAAUGAAAAUUGUGAUGAUGAUUGGACUGCAAAACAUGAAUAACAUUUUAAUGUGGCGCUAUUCAAUAGUGACUGUUUUAAACUUUAUGUGUGUAGUAAUGUGAUAGAUCAAGGCUUAAAGUCAUUCUAGGUAAAAUAACUGUAUGAUUGUAACUGUGUAUUCAAACUGUAGAGCAAAAUAUUAAAUGCUAUUAUUUAAUUUGUUCUCUUCUCAUCAUUGUGUCUGUUGAGAAAUGAUUUCAUUUUCUCUCUCCUAGUGCAAUUAUUGUUAAGCAGAUUUACAAUAAACUAAAUCAGCUCCUCUAAUACAAUGCUAUAUUGUCACAGGCAGUUCUAUAUGGAAUGUGUGCAUUUUUAUUAAAAAAGAAAAUAUGCUUCAA